GCCGGGAGUCUGUCGGAGAUGGCAAACUCCUGGCAGACGCUUGGUCUUCACUGUCCUCUCCGUGCAUUGGGGAUUCUGUGAAUCGGACACCCCCGUGCGCGCUCCAUCAGCCACGAUUUCAGUCAGAAAUGCAGUUUUUUUUCCCCCCCCCCGUAUCCCCAAACACUGCAGAAUGCAGCACUAUCCACUCAGCUUUCCAUCAGCAGACCGUUGGUUGUGUCACUCUCAGUGGCAAUGCUACUCACUCGUUAACUAUACGUACCGCAGUGUCCCAGGAUGCAAGGAGAUGUUUUGCUCUGCAGAUUUUUUUCUUCUCUCUCUGCGGAGUGGGCGGAAAGCUGAGAGCGGGCCAACCGAUUUGAGCUAUGCAGCAGCGUCUCGGAAAGUGAUCUUUCUAAAUUAAGUGGUUGUAACCAGCAGGGCGGGCAGACUAUAAAUGCACAGCGCUGACGGACAACAGGCUUUUGCUGGAUAGGACCUGACUCCGGGCGACAGCUUCGCUCGAGCAUGCCUCGGAUAGACGCCGAUCUCAAACUCGACUUCAAGGAUGUUCUGGUGCGACCGAAAAGGAGCAGCUUGAAGAGCAGAUCCGAGGUGGAUCUCAAAAGAAGUUUUACUUUCCGCAACUCCAAACAGACCUAUACUGGAAUCCCACUUAUAGCAUCUAACAUGGAUACAGUUGGUACAUUUGAAAUGGCUGAGGUUUUAAGUAAGUUUGCGAUGUUUACUGCCAUUCAUAAACAUUACACUCUAGAAGAUUGGGAGAAGUUUGCAGCAUCGCAUCCAGAAUGUCUUGAGCAUGUAGCUGUUAGCUCAGGCACUGGUCAGAAAGACUUGGACAAGCUUUACACAAUUGUGGAAACAAUCCCAGCCAUCAAAUUCAUCUGUCUGGAUGUUGCAAAUGGUUACUCAGAGUACUUUGUCGAAUCAGUUAAAACUGUCCGUGCUAAGUUUCCGAAACACACAAUUAUGGCUGGUAAUGUGGUGACCGGGGAGAUGGUGGAAGAGCUUAUUUUAUCAGGAGCUGAUAUCAUCAAAGUGGGCAUCGGACCAGGUUCUGUGUGCACGACUCGGAUUAAAACAGGAGUUGGUUACCCUCAGCUGAGUGCAGUUAUCGAAUGUGCCGACUCUGCCCAUGGCCUUAAAGGACACAUCAUCUCUGAUGGUGGCUGCAGUUGCCCAGGCGAUGUUGCCAAAGCCUUUGGGGCUGGAGCUGAUUUUGUGAUGCUAGGAGGAAUGUUCGCAGGACACGAUCAGUGUGCUGGAGAAAUCAUCGAGAGGAAUGGUAAAAAGAUGAAACUGUUCUAUGGAAUGAGCUCUGAUACAGCCAUGAAGAAACAUGUUGGAUGUGUGGCCGAAUACAGAGCUUCAGAAGGCAGAACAGUGGAAGUUCCGUACAGAGGAGAUGUGGAGAAUACAAUCCUCGAUAUUUUAGGGGGAAUACGUUCCACCUGCACCUAUGUGGGAGCUGCUAAACUGAAGGAACUGAGCCGGAGAACAACAUUCAUCCGAGUAACACAACAGUUUAACCAAAUGUUUUCUUAGCUUCGGCUUUUACGAUGAAAAAAAUCUGAAGAGUUCCACUCCUGCAGAGAUGUCUCAUUUAAAAGCUUUGAUGCAGUUCAACAUAAAUCUUCACUUUUAGAUAGUACCAUAAUAUUUUGCUGUUUCCCUGGUUUGAAGCUCUUAUUUAAGAAAAAGGUUGGACCCAUUGCCUCUAGAAUCUGAACCUGCAGCUCGGUUUGCACUUUCUUUUCUGCAUUGUAAAAAAAGUUCCAUAGCUGUGAAACAAUUCUUUGCUGGAAGUAACAGCUCAAGAUGAAAAAUCAGUAACUAUUUUAACCAAAUUAUUUUAAACUAUUAAAAUUGGGGCACUAUUGCCUCAUAGACAACAAAACUGAGUUUUGCAUACACUGCUCAUGAGUAUACAAUUUUUAUGAAACAAUAAUUUAUUUGAAUUAAUUUAACGAUACAGUACUGCUCAAAAAACUGUCUGCGAAUGUGGAAUGAAAAAUUAAAUAUCUAAAACAUAAUGGUUCACUUCA